GAAAACAAAAACCGAUCUGGUCAACCAACAUGGAGGAAGUUCAAGAGUCUCAACCACAAUCAAAACCAGGUCAAGAAAAUAAUGUAGAUGAAGUGAUUGAUGAAAAUUCUGAAUAUGAAAAAGGGGAAACACCAGAAGAAUUAUUGAGUAGUCCUCCAAAAGUUGAUUCUGAAGUUGAAGUUCUUCAUGAGAAGGUUACAAAACAAAUUAUUAAGGAAGGUCAUGGUCAGAAACCUUCCAAGUAUUCAACAUGCUUCUUCCAUUACAGGGCAUGGUCUGAGAACACGGAGCACAAAUUUGAAGAUACAUGGCAGGAGCAACGACCAACUGAGAUGGUAAUAGGAAAAGAGAAGAAAGAAAUGACUGGCUUGGGCAUUGGGGUGGCAAGCAUGAAAGCGGGGGAGCGAGCAUUGUUGCGUGUAAGCUGGGAAUUAGGAUAUGGACAGGAAGGAAGCUUUUCAUUUCCAAAUGUUCCACCAAUGGCAGAUUUAGUUUAUGAAGUUGAGCUCAUUGGUUUUGAUGAAACAAAAGAUGGAAAAGCUCGCAGUGAUAUGACUGUAGAGGAACGGAUUGGGGCAGCGGAUCGGAGAAAGAUGGAUGGAAAUGUUCUGUUUCAGGAAAAUAAACUAGAGGAGGCCAUGCAACAGUAUGAAAUGGCCAUAGCUUAUAUGGGAGAUGACUUCAUGUUCCAGUUGUUUGGGAAGUAUAGGGAUAUGGCUCUGGCUGUAAAGAAUCCAUGCCAUCUUAACACGGCGGCCUGUCUGAUUAAGCUGAACCGCUAUGAAGAAGCUAUAGGACAAUGCAGCAUUGUAUUAAGUGAGGACGAGAGCAAUUUGAAGGCUUUAUUUAGGAGAGGUAAGGCUAGAGCAGCACUCGGGCAGACAGAUGCUGCCAGGGAAGAUUUUCUAAAAGCGCGCAAGCAUGCCCCUGAAGAUAAAGCAAUUGCAAGAGAAUUGAAGCUACUUGCUGAACAUGAUAAAGCUAUUUAUCAAAAGCAGAAAGAGAUCUAUAAAGGAAUAUUUGGACCAAGACCUCAACCAGUACCGCAGAAAAGGAAUUGGUUCAUAGUUGUUUGGCAGUGGUUGGUUUCAGUGUUUCAUAACUUUAUCACACUUUUCAACCGUGAAAAAAAGCACAAAGACGACUAAUUCAGUUGUUAAACAUCAAGACCAUUGUUGUAUCGAGAAUUGCUUAUGUGCAUCCUACGAAAGGCUACAACAUUUUGUGCUACUGAGGAAACAAUUCUAGUUUUACUAUUUUAUCUAUGCUAGUUAUGUUGGCAAAAUCUCUAAGCUGUAUUUCACUCUUCCAUAGAGUAAAUCAUGUUUGACAAUACUAUCAAUCUGUUCUAAGAUUUUGAUAGUUUGUUGGUUAAUUUAAUAUAAAAAUGUUCUGUUUAAGUGCCUCCCUAACCUUGUAUUUGCCACCAACACACAUGUAACUGACAUGUACCUUAUUUACCAAAUAAAUUAGCCUUGAACCUUCUCUA